GUUUUUCCUCCAGAAGUUUGAGAGUGGUGCUAGAGAACUGACCGAGUCAGAAACCAAGUCCUUGAUGGCCGCUGCAGAUAAUGAUGGAGAUGGAAAAAUUGGAGCAGAUG